AUGAUUGAUACUGAAGUCCGCUUCUUCUGCCCUCCUAACCUGCAGGCUCCAAAGAACCCAUCUCUUUUUGACUUUCCAACGGGUAUGAAUCCUCCCUUGGGCUACCCUUCCGAUGGAGGCCUAGCCGACGAUACGGUGAUCGAAGACUUCGACGUCUCCACUCAAUUCAGUACGUUUCCCUCUUUCCCCUUUCCCCCAGAGAAGCGGAGAUUCGGAUCGGUGGACUACCUGGCCUACCCUCACCCCGACGACGCCUACCCCGAUCGCAGCCGCCUUCCCGACCCCGACGUCGCGGACCCCGACUCCAUCCAAGACUCCGACCGCGACGCCCACGCCUACCCCCGCUACCCCGGCGCCGAGAACGACCUGCAGCACUACCUGGACGCCUCGCAGUUCCCGCCGCAGUCGGAGUUUUUGGGCGGGGGCGGCGAUCUGCACGGCCUGGACGAUCUCGCGCAGUCGAUGGAGCUGCUGGACGACUCGGGCGACGUCCUCAUGGACACCAGCACGCUCACGCUGUCCUCCGAGGGACACACGGGAGACCGGAGACCGGCGCCCGCGGGGCUGACGCCGAUUAAUACGCAGGGGGAGACGCAGAAGAAAUAUAUUGGGAUGUACAGUCCGGAGGCGAGGAAGAAGCGGGUUCAGAGGUUUUUUGAGAAGAGAAAGCAGCGAGUGUGGACAAAGAAGGUGAAAUAUGAUGUGCGGAAGAACUUCGCGGAUUCGCGACUGAGGGUGAAGGGAAGGUUUGUAAAAAAGGAAGAUGAAGAAUUGUUGCGUGAAUUGAUGAAUCUCACAUAAUGAUAGAUGUUGCCUUAUUUUUGGAA